CAGGUGGUCUCCUCUUUCUCUCUCUCUCUCUUCUCCUCCUCGUUCUUAUAUUAUAUCCCGACCGUUCUUUUUCUCCUCUCCUUUCUCUUCCCCGUCUGUGACCAUCCGCUUCAAUCAAUCAAUCGAUCAAUCAAUCUAAUCUCUCCAACGUCCCCUUUUUCGGAUCGUUGGAACAACAGCUCCCUCAUCUUUCAUACACUCUCUCCACCUUUCCUUUAUCCCCCCUCCCCCCUCUUUCCGUCGGCGGGCUUUUGUUCCACCUGUCCAUCUCGUCUUUUGCUCCGGUCAUUCGUUUGGAGCGACGCCUCUCCCUCCCGAUCGCUACUCUUCCCUACAAUUAAUUCCCCCCUACAGCAACCAUGAAGGCCCUCAUUCUCGUUGGCGGUUUCGGUACCCGUCUGCGUCCUCUGACCUUGACUCUCCCUAAGCCUUUGGUCGAAUUCGCCAACCGGCCCAUGAUCCUGCACCAGGUUGAGAGCUUGGCUGCUGCGGGUGUCACAGAUAUCGUCCUGGCCGUCAACUACCGCCCCGAUGUUAUGGUGUCGACCCUGAAGAAGUACGAAGAAAUCUACAAUGUCAGAAUCGAAUUCUCUGUGGAAUCCGAACCCCUCGGCACGGCUGGUCCCCUGAAGUUGGCGGAGAAGAUUCUGGGCAAGGACGACAGCCCGUUUUUCGUCCUGAACUCCGAUAUUAUCUGUGACUAUCCCUUCAAGGAGCUGGCCGAGUUCCACAAGAACCACGGCAACGAGGGUACCAUUGUGGUCACCAAGGUCGACGAGCCCUCCAAGUACGGUGUCGUUGUCCACAAGCCCAACCACCCCUCGCGCAUCGACCGCUUCGUCGAGAAGCCUGUUGAGUUCGUCGGCAACCGUAUCAACGCCGGUAUCUACAUCCUGAACCCCAGCGUGCUGAACCGUAUCGAGCUGCGCCCCACCUCCAUCGAGCAGGAGACCUUCCCCGCUAUCGUCAAGGAUGGCCAGCUGCACUCCUUCGACCUGGAGGGCUUCUGGAUGGACGUUGGUCAGCCCAAGGAUUUCUUGAGCGGUACCUGCCUCUACCUCACCUCUCUUGCCAAGCGCAACUCGAAGCUGCUCGCCCCCAACAGCGAGCCUUAUGUGUAUGGCGGCAAUGUUAUGGUCGACCCCUCCGCUAAGAUUGGCAAGAACUGCCGCAUCGGCCCUAAUGUUGUGAUUGGACCCAAUGUGGUGGUUGGUGACGGCGUGCGUCUGCAGCGCUGCGUCCUGAUGGAGAACAGCAAGGUCAAGGACCACGCGUGGGUCAAGUCGACCAUUGUUGGAUGGAACAGCUCGGUGGGCCGCUGGGCUCGCCUGGAGAACGUUACGGUGCUCGGUGACGAUGUUACCAUUGCCGACGAAGUCUAUGUUAACGGUGGUUCCAUCUUGCCCCACAAGAGCAUCAAGCAGAACGUUGAUGUUCCUGCUAUCAUCAUGUAAUCCUUUCGUCACGUCGACAUGCCCUUUCACCCUCGAUAUACACCACCUACACCUGAAGUCACCAGAUGCAUAAAAACCGGAGUUGAUCGUGUCUUUCUUUCGAGCAGUGUAGAACCCAGCUGGGGUUCUAGACAACACAGGACGCUGCUUGGAUACAUUGCGGUCUACGCCUCUGAACCCAUCUCCCAUCACGCACCCGUCCAUUCUUACUUUUCGUCUUGUGCUCGUCCGUGUCCGCAUGCUAGAGGCCUUGAUGGUAGAAGCGUGUCUGAUUCGGGUCAUCCUUACAUCCCUUAUAAUCGAUCCGGAGGUCUCUGAUCUCUUACCUUGUUCUCCCGCAUCUUUCUCCGACGUACUGCGUGUUACCAGUGCUGUUGCUUCUUUUAUUUACCGGCUUUUUUCUUUCUGCUACCUUGUUUCCCCGGGGGAUGGUGAGCACAUGGACUAAUACUCUAUCUGAUUUUAAUGACGUAUGUGGACAUGGUUAAAGGAAUGUAAAUACGGGAGGCAGGAUCAGAAAAAAAUCAAUCAUCAAUUAACUCUUAUCUUAUCUCUCUAUUAUGCAAUAUAUAGUAUACAGUAUACAGAUGCAAUAUGCCCGAAACCAUGCACCACCCAAUCCUACCUGCCUAAGCAGCACCGCCC